ACAUGGUUGGGUUGUGAGAUGAUGUGUUGAAUGAACAUUUAAAAUUUCAAAGGGUUAAAUACGUUAGGUCAUCGUAGAGAAGUUGAGUAUAAUAUACCGAGGGUGACAUUGUUAUUAAUUUUUGGUUACUAAAAUGGGUGGGAGGAGGAGACCAGCAGAGCAACCAUCUAGGCGUGCCCAUAGGGGCUCCUGACCCGCUGUGAAAUGUCCGGUUCGUUGUCCGUGAGGACAGGCUGGGGUGACAUUGUUAUUAGAUUAAAAGUCUGUUGCAUUUGAAAGGAAAAAGUACAACUAAGGGAAGUAAUUCGUGACAAAGAUCAAGUUCUAGGGUUUUCAUAUGUAAUUGUCGCAAUCUCUUGUUCAAAACAAAUUUUGUGAAUUCGCAAUAUGAACAGGGGAUAUCCUGCGCAAUCUAGGGUUUUCUCUGUCAUUACUAAUCAGCAACACUCUUCAGGAAAAAUGUAAUCAGCAACAGCUCAAAUCGGAAAUCGAGCAGGAAUCUUAGGAAUGUUGCUCAGAACAGUCUUCACUCUAAAUAGGAGUGUGAAUUUGGGUUUCCUGUUGGUAAUGAGAAGAUCUGUUUCAGUUUCAAGCAUAGCUGCGAUAGAUGUGGCUGCUAAAGAUGGGGAACUCGGGGUCUUUGUAGUUGCAGGAGAGGUUUCUGGGGACACUAUUGGUUCCCGUCUCAUGGCUUCUAUGAGAAAGCUCUCUCCAUUUCCUAUCUGGUUUGCUGGUGUGGGCAGGUCCAUGAUGUCUGACCAUGGGUUAAAAUCUUUGUUCCCAAUGGAAGAUAUUGCGGUAAUGGGGAUCUGGGAGUUGUUCAGAGUUAAGUUGAAGGAAACAGCACAGGCAGCCCUUUUGUUCCAGCCUCAUGUUGUGGUUACUGUGGACUCGAAGGGGUUCUCCUUUAGUCUCCUAAAGCAGCUGUGCGCUAAAUACAGUCAGCAGGGGAUGGUUAGUCCUCCACACUUUCACUAUGUAGCGCCGUCUUUUUGGGCAUGGAAAGGGGGUGAAGCAAGGCUCAAAGGGCUAUCUGAGUUCGUGGAUCAUGUCUUGUGCAUACUGCCAUUUGAGACCGAAGUUUGCAGAUUGAAUGGACUAGCUGCGACCUUUGUGGGCCACCCCAUACUUGAAGAUGUUUUGGAGUUGAAUUUGGGGACGAAUAAUGUAGAAAAAGGAUGGAAGGUGCAAGGAAGUUUUGACAAAUUUCAAAGUAAACAUGAAAUAUCUUCAGGAGUCACAAUUAUUUCCUUGCUCCCUGGAAGCAGAUUACAAGAGGUAAACCGCAUGCUUCCAAUCUUCUUCAGCGCUAUGAAGCUAUUAAAAGACUAUUUCUCAGAGUUGAUUAUGGUGAUCCAUGCGGCACCUAUACCUGUGAUUCUGAUUCCAGGGGGAUCAGCUCACAUGAAGUAUGAUGCGCCAAGUGCGAGCAAGGUUGCUUUAUGUACUUCUGGGACAGUGGCUGUGGAGAUGCAACUCGCACGGCUGCCAUGUGUUGUUGCUUAUCAAGCCCAUGUUCUGACUGAAUGGUUGAUACGUUAUAAAGCAAAAGUACCAUACAUCUCCCUGUUUCUCCACAAAAAGUGCAAAAACCAAAUUGGCUUGGAAUGCGAGGGCGUGCCAGGACAAGCACUUGGAUUAGGCCUGGAUGAAACAUUUAAGCAAGUGGAUUAA